GUUUUAGUUUACAAGGGAGAGACCGGAAGCGGAGUGGCUAAUUUUCGUGUAGACUGACCAGAGUCCGCGAAAAACUUGCUUAACAGUGAUAUAAGAACAUUAAUUUGAGGUAAUUGAUGAGAGAUAUAAAUUGAUGUUUGUUUUAGAGGUCUAGAUUUAUUGAUAUCAAUUCGCAUGACGAAUAAUAUCGUUUAAAAUGGAUUAUGUUUCCCAUUUUCAACCAACUCUUUUUUUUCGAACCAGGAACUAACUUGCAAUCGGAAUAAAGAAAUGGCUCCUGAAAAGCAUCGCUUUGGCUAUCAGCCAAUAUCUUGUCAUACAUUCAAUAAAGCUAGAAACGAGCUUGCUUUAUCGCCAAAUAAUCAUGAAGUUCAUCUUUUUAAAUUGUCCGCUGGCAAAUGGCAACUUUAUGACAAAUUGAUAGAACAUGUGCAACGCGUAACUGACGUUGAUUGGGCAGCAAACUCUGAUAGAAUAGUUAGCUGUGGAGUUGAUCGAAAUGCUUAUGUUUGGACUAGGCAAGCUGGCGGAUGGAAACCAACAUUGGUUAUUUUGCGUAUAAAUCGAGCAGCCACUUGUGUUCGUUGGUCACCGCAAGAGAAUAAAAUUGCGGUUGGAUCUGGUGCUAGAUUGAUAGCAAUUUGUUAUUUUGACCAAACAGGAGAUUGGUGGAUUGCUAAACACGUUAAAAAGCCAAUUAGGAGUACUGUUACAUGUAUCGACUGGCAUCCAAGUAACUACUUAAUUGCAUGCGGUUCAACCGAUUUUAAAGCAAGAGUAUUUUCUGCUUAUGUAAAGGAAAUCGAAAGCAAACCAUCUGCCCUCAGCUGGGGUACAAAAAUGCCAUUUGGGAAUGUUAUGGCCGAAUUUUCCAACGGAGGAGGUGGUUGGGUUCAUGCUGUUGCAUUCUCCUCAGCUGGUGAUAAGUUAGCCUGGGUUGGGCAUGAUUCUAGUAUUUCUGUUGUCAAUUCUUCUAACGGAAAUGCAAUGGCAACUAUUAAGACGGAGUAUCUUCCGUUUAUGACUCUAACUUGGAUAUCGGAGAAUUGCAUCCUGUCCGCUGGUCACGAUUGCGUACCGAUGAUAUUCGAAUAUGAUGGAAAUAAUAUUAAAUUUUCAACUAAAUUGGAAAAGGAAACUACCGAUGAUAGUGAAAAAACUGUCUCCGCUAGAGAUAAAUUUUUAAAGUUAGAUUCGCAGAGAACGGAGAGAAAUGUCACGGAAUUAAAGACAACCCACCAAAAUACUAUAACGCAAAUUAGCAUACAUUCCGGGGCUGUUGGAAACGUUGGAAAGUUUUGUACUACUGGCAAUGACGGCUUCUUAUGCUCGUGGGACGUUAAGGUAUAGAAAAAUUUCCCAUUUUGAGUUAUUGACAUGUUUCUCGUACCUAAAAACCAUUUAUAAAAACCAAGUUAGUCAUAGACUGUUUUUUAAAAGACCAAUUGCGAAAUUCAUAGAGAUUAGGCCUUCAUGUGGUAUAGUGCAUGAUAUUUAGAUAAACAUGAUCUUAUUGCAUCAUGUGAUUUUAUUUUUCAAGUACUCUGCGUAUUCUCUUCUAAAGAGAUCAUAAGAAACUUAAGAAUUAUAUAAAUCAUGGCUAAAAACCAAAAAUUCUUUGAUCGUUUCAACAGCGGAGAAAGAGAUAAAGAAUGAUAUAAGUUGUUUAUAGAUGCUAUAUACAAUUUAUAUAAAAUAUAUAUCUUUUAUAAUAUUUAUAGACUGUGUGCCAUUGGGCUUG